GUGAUGUGCGUAUCCAUUACAUAGGCAAAUCAGGAAAGAAAGUGCCUGCUGGCUCUGCGUGGUGAGCAGACUGUCCUCUGUCUGUGUUUCAUACGGCGGUGUGGUUCAUGGAGGACACGUCCGAAGAGGUGGCGCUGGCGUCGACGGCGAGCCCGUCACCCAUCCCCCCUCCUCCGGGGAGAGAUCCCUCUCCAAACACCCCGAGACAAUGCUUUCGCAUGGAAUCCCUCGCCACCCUCACGGCGCCUCUUGAUGCGGAGAGCACAGCCCGAGCCGCACGAACGAGGUCUAGCCGCCUUCCACCCAACCGGACCUACGCAUCGACGUCCGCCAUCAGGGUGGGGCAUGGAGACAUAAUAGAGGAGGAAAAGUUGCCGAUUCCAGACAAGAGGCAGCUGGAGAGCUGGGCGAGGUAUGGCUUCGUAGACACGGAACUACUCUUGCAGGCGGCAGUCCAACCCCAGGGCGGGCGGAAGGCAGCCGCCUUGUCCGAAGGCCUGGCGAUCGUGGAGGAGGAGCAAGGCGGGGACGUGAGUCGGUCGUUAGUUAGAAUGGGGGCGGCAGCAGAAGAGGCCGGCGAUGGCUUGCAGGAGGUUCUGGGUGAGAGGAAGGAGAAUGAUCAUCAUCCUCCCGCAUCCCGGUCGCCGACAACGACACACGAAAGUACGCCCGCCACCGCCGACGACGAGAGAAGAAGGCCAGAAGGGGGAGCGGAGGGAGAUAUCUCCCUGGCUAUCGGCUCCAGCACGCCCCUGACGGACACGAUGACGCCGUCGUCUCAGGAGCGUCGCCGAGAUAACACCACCGCUUCAGCAGAUGCAGCGGCCGGCAUUUCCACUGAAGCAGCACGGGGAAAGGAGGAGGAGGAGGAGGAAACGAAGGAAGACGAGCUGGCGGAGCUCAAGCAGCAGGAGGAGCGGGAAGCCGCCGUCGCCGCUGCUGCCACGGUAGCUCAACAAGAAGCAAAUCAGGGCAGCAGGGCCGGCAGCAGCAGGCGAGCGGCCCAAACAAAGGCCGAGAUAGAGAGGCACAAGCGCAAUCGCGCGGAACGUCUACGCGCCUACGGGUGUCAGAGAUAG